GUAAUGUUUCGUUCGUUGACCGACCCCGAUCUUUGGGAAUCUCUUGUCCCUAAUCUUGAUUACGUAGCGAACCACUUGAUUGUAACACGAUGUGUACUUCGCCGUCUCGUCAGCGCGAACAUAAUUAGCAUGGCGGAAUUUGGAGAAUGGUGCCGUUACAAAACACCGCUCACUGAAGAGAACGUCGAUACGCUCGUUUUACGUCUACACAAACAAGAUCCAAAGUUGUUUCCGAAGUUUUGCACGAUAUUGAAAGACGUCGGACAAGGAGAAGUGGCUCGACGACUCGAGGAAGCUGCUGUAAAGAUUGAGCAAGGAAGCGUCUGCGCUAAGUUAGACAGCGCCGAUGAGCACGCGAUAGCAGCAAAGAAAGUCGACGUCGUUAGGGCUAAAAUGUCGACGACUCGUACAGAAAGUGCAGACAUUUCAAGUGAAAAACAAAGACCGUGGGAACGACGUCUGCCCUCAUCGUCGGCGUGGCCGUCAUCAGAUAAUCAAAAGUUUACAUCACGUGGCAUGGAAGGAGAACCAAAUACAACGAAGGAUAAUUCACAAGGGGUUGCGAGCAAUAUUCAAGGAGACCGGUUGUUGUCUGCUGCUCUAAGAAAGAAUUAUGUGUUUCUAACGGAAACACUGCGUUGCGACAAGCUUUUACUUGGUACAUUGUUCCAAGAAUAUGUCAUAUCCGCUAGGCAGUUCACGAAGCUUCGAGAAGACAAGCUAGAUCACAAAGAGAAAAUUCACCAACUGAUCGUGUACGUUCUUCCAAAGAAACGGCCUCAGAUGUUCUGGAAAUUCUGCAAAAUUCUUCGCCAUUUGAAACAGACAUAUGUAGCUGAUAAGCUAUUGCAAACCGUGUCAGAUUACGAAAGCACUCUUCAAGGACCUAGUAACUAUCAAACAACGAGCAGUUUAGAAGAGACUAUUGAAAGAUAUAUCGCUAGAAUCAAUCGUCUUAGAGCAGAAAAGAAAGCGGCUAGAAAACAGAUUCAGCAAUACAGAAAAUUAGGAAGAGCAUGCAGACAGCUUUCUAGAGCAAAAUACCGCAAAAAUUUUUGGCUAAAGUACAAGAGAGACAGAACAAGACCUGAACAGAAAAGGUGAGAAAAUGGAAAAUGGAAACGUGUAAAUAAUAUCAAAGCGUCACUAAACUGGUUGAAAAAGUGUCAGAGUGACAAGAGCAAAUUCACUUGGCUGAACACAGUGUAAGAGUGACAUGUCCAAGAGACGGACUUACAAAGGAUUCUGAUGUUCUGAUGAGCACUAAACAUGGUUUCGACGGCAUGCCUGCUUUCACGUCGUUCUUCUGUAUUUUUCAUGAUCGAUGAUUUGUUGAAUAAACUUUAUAAUAGCCUAAGUGCAAACUUUGAGGAACGAAGACAUGGCGUCUUGACGAAGUGUGAUACAUUCAUGCAGUUAUAGUUGCUAUACACGUUGCUUUGCGUAGACUAAUACUAUAUACUCAGAUUGUUUCAGUUAGAAUUGCUAAUUGUUGUGUUACUACUUGGACUAUAUAGUACAAUACAUACAAAGGUUGUUUUCUUGGUCUAGCGUGUAGUAAAGUUGA